GACGAAAAUUGUGUUAACGUAGUGUGGCGCCACUUGUGAAAUAUUAAAAUGAAAAAUGUCUCGUCUCUUAAGUAUUUACGGUCUUUGUAUUUAUUGUUAAUUAAAUUUCAACUAUAUCAAUGACGAACUAUGAGAAUUUACUUAAUUUGCCGCUUAAUUGCAAUGCAAAUGAAAAUACCGGCGCGUUGGCUACGCAGGAAAUUUUAAAAAUGUCACAACGGGAUUUUUCGGAGAAUGAGCCCGAGUGCACACCUGAGUUACCGGCCGCCAACCGCGCACUAUUUUUGGAGAAGGUGCGCCAAUCGAAUGCUGCCUGCCAGAGUGGCGACUUUGUCACCGCCGUUUUGCUAUACACCGACGCGCUGCAGCUUGAUCCCGGCAACUACAUACUGUAUAGCAAUCGCUCAGCGGCACGCCUCAAGCAGGGCCAGUUCGCACUCGCACUGCAGGACGCCACCAAGGCACGUGAGCUGUGUCCGCAGUGGCCGAAAGCAUAUUUUCGCCAAGGUGUUGCGCUGCAGUGUCUCGGCCGGUAUGGCGAGGCAUUAGCUUCAUUUAGCGCCGGACUGGCACAAGACACACAACAUAAGCAGUUGUUGGCUGGCCUUAUGGAGGCGUCUGUGAAGAGUCCUUUGCGGCACGCAUUGGAGCCGACGUUUCAGCAGUUGCGUGCCAUGAAUCUGGAUCAGUCGCCGUUCGUGGUGAUAUCUGUGGUAGGUCAGGAGCUGUUGCAGGCUGGGCAAUACCAUUCGGCAGUCACUGUGCUGGAGGCCGCUUUACGUAUUGGUUCGUGCUCGUUGAAGCUGCGUGGCUCCGUAUUUAGCGCUUUGAGCUCAGCGCAUUGGGCGCUCAAUCAGCUAGACAAGGCGAUUGGUUAUAUGCAACAGGACUUGGCUGUAGCUAAGAGUCUCGGUGAUACUGCGGGCGAAUGUCGCGCACACGGCAAUCUGGGAUCGGCCUAUUUUAGUCAAGGCUCUUAUAAAGAGGCGCUCACCGCACAUCGUUAUCAACUUGUGCUCGCCAUGAAAUGUAAGGACACCCAAGCUGCCGCAACAGCACUCACUUCUCUGGGUCAUGUCUACACCGCCAUAGGCGAUUAUCCGAAUGCACUGGCCAGUCAUAAGCAGUGCGUUCAACUCGUCAAGCAAAUCGGCGACCGCUUGCAAGAGGCGCGCGAGAUCGGCAAUGUCGGAGCAGUCUACUUGGCAAUGGGCGAAUUUGACUCCGCCGUUGACUGUCAUACACAACAUUUACGUCUGGCGCGCAAAUUGGGCCAUCAGGUAGAGGAAGCACGUGCCUACUCUAAUCUCGGCUCGAGUCAUCACUACAGACGAAAUUUCGCACAAGCCAUCACAUUUCACGAACAGGUAUUGCGUAUUUCCAAGCAACUUGGCGACCGCAAUAUUGAAGCCCGCGCUUAUGCCGGGCUUGGACAUGCCGCUCGGUGCGCUGGUGACUCCGUACAGGCGAAGAAGUGGCAUGAGAAGCAACUGGAAAUGGCGCUGGCAGCGCGUGAUAAAGUGGGUGAAGGGCGCGCAUGCUCAAACUUGGGCAUUGUCUAUCAACUGCUGGGCGAGCAUGACGCGGCGCUUAAAUUACAUCAAGCACAUUUGACUAUAGCUCGGCAAUUGCACGAUCGCGCUGGCAUGGGUCGUGCAUACGGCAAUAUAGGUAACGCUUACUCUGCUGCUGGCCUAUAUGAGGCAGCCAUCAAGUAUCACAAGCAAGAAUUGACAAUCAGCAAGGAGGUGCACGACCGCAGCGCUGAGGCGUCAACACACGGCAAUCUAGCUGUCGCCUAUCAAGCCUUGGGCGCUCACGAUAUGGCAUUGAUGCACUACCGCGCCCAUCUGAAUAUCGCACGCGAGCUAAAGGACACUGCAGGAGAGGCGUGCGCGUUGCUCAACCUGGGCAACUGCUUCAGUUCACGUCAGGAAUUUGCGCAAGCGGUGCCCUACUAUGAACAGUAUUUGAUGCUAUCGCAGGAGCUAGGCGAUGUUGCGGCCGAGGGUAAAGCUUGCCACUUUUUGGGCUAUGUGCAUUAUUGCAUCGGUAAUUAUCGUGAGGCGGUGCGCUACUACGACCAGGAUUUGGCGUUGGCGAAGGACUUGCAGGACAAAAUAAAUAUGGGUCGUGCUUAUUGCAAUUUAGGGCUGGCGCACUUGGCGCUGGGCAACACACAAGCUGCGUUGGACUGCCAGAAAUAUUUCCUCACAGUCGCCCAUAUGACCACGCAUAUACCAGGAAAGUUUCGCGCGCUCGGCAACAUCGGUGAUAUUUUGGUACGUACGGGCGAGUAUGAGGAGGCAAUUAAAAUGUAUCAACGUCAACUUUCGCUGGCGCGUCACACACAUGAACGCCCCUUAGAGGCCGCAGCUUGUGGCGCACUUGGAUUGGCGCAUAGGCUCAUAAAAAAAUUCGAUAAGGCCCUCGGCUAUCACACGCAAGAGCUGGCGCUGCGUCAAGAUAUGUCCGAUCUGAAGGGUGAGUGCAAAGCACAUGGCCACCUGGGCGCAGUACAUAUGACUCUAGGCAAUUACCAACAUGCAGUCAAAUGUUAUCAAGCACAAUUGGGACGCGCGCAGGAGCUGCAAGACUCUGGCAUAGAAGCGCAGUCUUACGGCAAUCUUGGCAUCGCCAAACUUAACAUGGGUUUGUACGAGGACGCUAUUGGCUACUUGGAGCAGCAGCUGGGCACGCUAGAACGAUGCAAUAUGCCGACAACACAGCAUGACCGAGCGCGCGCUCUCGGGCAUUUGGGUGACUGCUACGAUGCUUUGGGUGAUUUCGAAGAGGGCAUCAAAUGCCAUGAACGUCAUUUACAACUCGCCACAGCACUGCAAAGUUAUCGCGAUCAGGAGCGCGCCUAUCGCGGUCUCGGACAUAGUCACCGCGCGCUUGGUAAUCUACAAGAAGCGCUGGUUUGUUUGGAAAAGCGCUUGGUGGUAGCGCAUGAGCUCGGCAGCCCUGAAGUUAAGGCUGUCGCAUACGGUGAUCUAGGUAAUAUUCACUCAGCGUUGGGUAAUUACGAACAAGCUGUCAAUUGCUUAGAGCAUCAACAGGCUAUCGCGCGGGAGCUGGGUGAUCGCGCGUUGGUUUCAGAUGCUACCAGCGCUUUGGGUAAUGUUUAUCAGCGCAUGAGUGAUUCGGAUGGUGCUCUCCGUUUGCACAAAAUGGAUUUGGAAAUGUGUGAACACCUGGGCGCCGGUGCAUUACAGGCACGGGCUUGCGGUAAUUUGGGAGCGGUUUAUGAAUCCAUACAAAGCUUUGUUGACGCGGUGAAGUUCUAUGAAAAACAAUUGGCGCUGACUGGAGAUAAACUCUGCAAGGCAUAUGCUUGCGGGUCACUUGGCCGUGUUUUUCAUCAAAUGGGUCAGCAUGGCCAGGCCAUCAAUUUCCUGCGACAGGGUCUGUCGAUUGCACAAUCGAUCAACAAAUCGGAAGAGGAGGCCAAAAUAAGAUAUCAACUCGGUCUUGCUCUACGCGCUUCCGAUGACAGUGAGGAUGCGCGUACCCAAAUGGAGACCGCCGCACAACUUCUUGAGUCCGUGCGCUACGAUCAACGUAGUCCGGAAGGACGCACGACCCUUUUCGAUCUGCAGACGAACUGCUAUCACAUUCUCCAACAAAUACUUGUCGCCACGCAGCGCAACGAAGACGCUUUGGUCGCUGCCGAACGUUGCAAGGCACGCACCAGCCCCGAUACGAAUAGUAUCUCACGCAAGACGACCAUCACCUGCAGCGAGUCCAUAUAUGAGAUUGUCAAUCGCACUAAGACGAAUGUGCUAUACUUCAGUUUGGCCGGUGAUGAGCUCUACGCUUGGUUUUUACAGCCGCAGAAGGGAAUUGUACGUUUUCAUGUAGUUCGUAUAAAUGAGGAAACUCUGAAACUAUCCAGUGAGAAGCACAUGGAGCAUACGAAGAACAUGCAACAUAAGGGCAGCCUACUGGAGCGCUAUAUCAAUAUGGUUCGCGACAAUUUGGGUGUCAAUUCAGAUAGCGUUUUAUUAGAAGGCGAUGGUAGCGGCUGGCGUUCGAGUUCGGAGAAUCUAUUGGAUGAUUUUACAAACGAACGGAGUGGCUUUCUGCGCAUGGUAAAUCGCAAUCAUAUGAUGAACUCGUCCAACUACUCCCUGAGUUCACUAUUCAGCUUGGGCUCUGUUGGCGGCUCAGUCGCAAGCCUACAAGGCUCUACGCGCUCGAUAGGUAGUUUACAGGGCUCCACACGCUCACAUCGUGCACCCACAUUACCAGCCUGGCAAGGUCCCACUUGUCUACAUACACUAUACAACUUAUUACUGGAACCAUUCGACGAUUUACUGCCCACCGGCUGUUCUGUAUCACGCCAAGGACGUAAAGAGCUGAUAUUGGUGUUGGAGAAUGAACUUUACUUAGUGCCAUUCGCUAUACUCCGCAGUUCGAAAGAAGAUGGCGAAUACUUAUCGGAGCGUUGCUCAAUAAUUACAAUACCCUCUCUGCAAUCGUUACGUCUGAAGACUAAAAUAUUACGCACACGGGAGCUAACGGAAAAUUUAAAUACUGCUUUGGUCGUGGGCGGCCCACGUAUACCGUCCGUGCUGUCGGAAACCUGGGGCUGGUCAGAGUCACCAGCUUCACUGCAAGAAGCCGCUAUGGUCGCUGAUAUGCUACAAGCAAAGGCCAUCGCAGGCUGCAAUGCCACAAAGGAAGCAGUCAUAUCCGAGCUACCAACCGCCGAAUGUGUACACUUCGCCGCCAAUCUUAGCUGGAAGCUGGGUGCCGUAGUACUCAGUCCAGGCGAUGUCGUAGACUCACAGACACAGAAACGAUAUUAUCAAACCGCAGCAAAUGGUGGCACGCAGGAAGAGGAGAGCAAUGAACUUUCGGGUGGUAAUAUGGAACUACCUCAGCUCUCCGACUUCAUAUUGUCUGCAGCAGAUGUGCUCACAAUGAAACUCAACGCCAAGUUGGUUGUAUUGAGUUCAUACCACUCCAUAGAACCCAUCACAGGCGCUGGUGUAGCCAACUUGGCUGGAAGCUGGCUGUGCGCCGGUGCUGGUGCCGUACUUAUCUCUUUAUGGCCGGUGCCCGAGACUGCUGCAAAAAUAUUGCUGCGUGCAUUUUACUCAGCUUUGCUCCAAGGAGCACGUGCUGCAAGAGCCCUCGCUGAGGCUAUGCAGACCGUACAGCACACAAAACACUUUGCGCACCCUGCAAACUGGGCUGGUUUCCUUCUGAUCGGCGGCAAUGUACGCCUUUCCAACAAGGUCGCCAUGAUGGGAAAUGCGCUUUGUGAGCUCAUGCGUACCCCUGACAAGUGUCGAGAUGCGCUACGUGUCUGUCUACAUUUGGUGGAGAAGAGCUUACAACGCAUACAUCGUGGGCAAAAGAACGCUAUGUAUACCACGCAGAAGAGCAUCGAAAAUAAGGCUGGACCGGUGGGCGGUUGGAAGGAUCUGCUGAUGGCUGUGGGCUUUCGCUUUGAACCAGCCGCAAACGGCAUACCCUCAAGUGUUUUCUUUCCACAAUCCGAUCCAGAGGAUCGACUCUCACAAUGCUCAGCUAGCCUACAAGCGCUGCUAGCUCUGACACCACUUACACUGCAGUCGUUAGCGAAGCUUGUUAAUAGCGCAGAUGUAGCGGACGAUAUUAUUACUUUGAUUAGAAAUGUUUUGGCUCAGUUUCCACCCAAAGGCGCGGCCGAAACGGAGGCCUGCAUAGAAAUACCACUCAGCGUACGUUUAUGGCGCGUCGCGGGUUGCCACGAACUAUUGGCAUCCAUUGGCUUCGACCUCACUGAGGUCGGUCAAGACCAGGUUACACUGCGUACCGGAAAGCAGGCGAACCGUCGCAACUGUCAAUUCGUGUUGCAGGCAUUGUUAGCAUUGUUUGAUACCCAAGAAGCGCCUAAGAGCCUCGGAUUAGACUCAUCCAGCAGCUGUGAGUCGCUCGCUGAAGAAACUCAUUCCGAUCUACAAGUCUCCAUCUCUAACCCGACCCUUGCGCUUACAUCUACACCAACGGCAGCGACUUCAGCACAUCUUUCAGCAGACACCACUAAGUCCUUGGGACUCGGCCUACCACUACCGCCUCUGAACCGCACACGUGUCAUCAGCAGCAGCGGCAGCGCAUUUAUUUCGUAUGUACGACGACGCGGCGAACCAGAUGGAGGACGCACUGACACCGAAUCGAUACCCAGCGCACCGGACAAUACCGGUUGUGCGCUGUAUCCAACACAAGACUCUAGUUUAGCCAACACAACGGACAGUGAGCUUUCUGAUGGUUACAUUUCACAAGCCCACAUAAACAAAAGCACUGGUCCCCGCCUAGGCUUUUCAAGCUUACGCGCACCGGUACGCGUCUCACGUCCGGGUGGUGGUGGCGAAAGCGAUGCUGCAUUCACGCCCAGUCCACCCGUAACUACACAAAACCCUGUAGAACAGAAUGUUUCCCUGGCUUUAGCGCAUCAAACUCGCAUACGUAACCUCUACUCAGGCGCAGGUAUGAACUAUUUGGGUGAUAGUGUUAUACCAGAGCUAACUGUCGCACCGGGUGGCAUUUCACGACGUCCAGAUAGUUCCAGCUCAGCUAGUUCCACCACUGACUGGGAGAUUUCCGGUCAUGCUACUGUAUUGCGACGCAACAAUCAACCACCAUCACACACCGGGCACAUGCCGCCAUUGCCACCACCGCGGCAAAAUCUACCGUUGGUGGAUAGCUUGCGGCCGGUACCACCAAUGGCGCCUGUUUACAAUAAUCUCGGUCCAACCACUUCUAUGGCUGGCUCAACUAUAUUAUCAACUAAUUUGGAGUCGACAAGCUCGGAAUCAGAAAUCGAACGUGGUCUUGAAUUAGCACAAACACCGAUGUCACACUUCCGACUCAAGCCGAAAAUCAAACUCGGCAAUGCACAGUCUUCCAUAGCCGCACGCCUCAGCAAAGAGCAUGCGCUCUUCAUGGACAGACUUAAUGUACGCUCCGAUAUGCCAACUAAUCUAAGCCUGAACAAUCAAGCCGCCGGCACAGCUGGCGCACUACCCGGCAGUCGCAAACCGUUAAGCUUACCCGAAGAAGACGAUAAUGCACUCAUCGUAAACGCAUCAAAUCUGUACUUCUCACAAGCCGACAGCGAGCUGCUUAAUGAAGCCAAGAAGGAACUCAAACCUGUGGCAGUUGGUACUUCAGCGACUUGCAGUAGUCAAAGUGCCGUUUCUAAAGAAGCGAACAAAGUGAAUCAAAAGAGCAUACAAGAUUCAAUAAUGCGACACAUGAACCGUGAAACACCCACCAUCUCCGAGGUAUACCACGAACGAAAUCUAGGUUUGGGCUUAGCACCGCCACUCUCCAAAUUGCUCUUGAGCAAGAAUUACGAUGACGAACCCAGUGUGAGCAGCAAUAGCAGCAAGUUGAGUAACACGUGCACUAUAAAAAGCAUCGUAGACGCCGUAAAUGAGCUGGAACUCAGCGGCACUUCCUCAUCAUCAUCCGUCAGCACGGCGAAUACGAAAACACUGAACAUAACGCCACUUAGCGCCAGCAACUGUAAUAAUAAUCCAACUAUUGGCAACAACAGUACUUGUGGCCCAGGUAACGGUAAUAUUACAAAUAAUAACGGCAAUGCGAACAACACGAACGCAACUACAAAGGAGACCUGCUCCAUUUGCGGUGAACCAGCAGACAUUAUUUGUCGUUGUAAGGCUGCCACAGUGCAAAAGAAGGGCACACUCAAGCCGUGGUUGAGCAACGUGCCCUCGAGCAUAGUUAAAGCCAGCGAGCUGACGACAGCCGAUAUAUUGGAACGUCAACAUAAGAUUAAAACGAAUGUUGGAACGAUUAAAGCUAGAGCAAGUGAAGUCGUAGCGAGCAUGACUAUGAGCAAUGUGAAGCGUGCGAGCAGUCCGUUCAAUGAGUUCUGCCGCCGCGAUGAGGGCGAUGGAAGAUCCGUGGCAGACUCACAAUGUAGCAGUACUUAUAAGACGGCGGCGGCAGUGUUGGGCGUUACUGAUGGUGUGAGUAACGGUACAGGUGGUGUGACAAGCAGUAAAGAUGGUAGUAAAAACAGUGCCUUAGGUGGUGCAAAUCCUCCGGUGGGUAGAAAGAUGUAAUAUGGAAGCGGUGAAAAACGAACUUAACACAAUUAUUAGAAAUGAGUUGAAAGCUUGAUUGUUUUUUAGUAUUUAAAAAA